AUGGCUGGACUACAAAAGAAUAAAGCAUAUGAGGAGUUGGACUUUGAAUUGGUAAAAGUUAAUAAUAAAACUGCAGCAUUUUGCACUAUUUGCAAAAAAAUAAAUGUUUGCAAAGUAAAGAAACCCGAAACAAGAGAUGCAGAUACAACGCCAAUUGUCUCUUUGUUAGAAGAUGAUGCUUUGGACACAGAAACACAAGCAUUGAAUGUCAGCGUGGAAAGUAAUUCGAUUGCAACCACGAAUAAAGCACAAGAUGCCAUAUAUCUAUGUAAUAACGUUAAAACGUGCAGCUCAGAUUCUUUGGCUUCUACAAGACCAAAUUCAACAAUAUCAGAUGUUUUGGAGAAAGGUGAGGAAAUCGAGAUCGACUUAUUAGAAGCUAUCGCCACUGAAGAACGUGCUGAAGAGUAUCCAGAGUGUUCAGAAAUUCUUGUCGUUGAAAAAGUAGACUUGUCUACAUUGCGAUGGAGGAAAAAACCAUUUGGUGUAAAAGACGUACCAUUCAAAAAGCCUGUAGAAGAUGUUCAAAUGGUGAAUAGACCAAUAGAGUAUUUCAGAUCGUUUUUUGAUGAUGCAGUUAUUGAGCUGAUUGUAAAAGAGACUAACUUAUAUGCACUUCAAGAGUCUGAGUCUGAACUUAAAUGCACUAAAGAGGAAAUUUGUCGAUACUUUGGCGUUUUGUUAUAUUUGGGUGUGAUUCAGCUUCCGAAUUUCAAAAUGGCAUGGACCCAAGAGCUAAAGUUGACUGCAGUAACCGAUUCGAUGCCAUGCAACAAAUUUGAAGAAAAUAAAGUAGUUCCUCCAUUUCUCGGACAAAUCGGAGCAAAUAAAACAAGGUUAUUCUAA